CUUAUAACUAGUCUUAUCACUUCAAAGGCAAACACUUUUCAUUGUACUCCACUGUCAAGUUUUCACCUCUCCCUUCUUUUUUGUCUGUAACGGAUGCAGAGGGAUAAGUCAAUCGAUGAACAUCUGUAAAAAGGAAACAGUGGCCACUUUUGGCAAUCCUAUGGAUGUGCCUGUUGAAUCAAAGAGAAUGUCAGGAUCUUGCUGUGAGGAGAGGAGAUCCCAGGCACCUCAUCAUAUUCAAAUCCAGUUAAAGUGCUUGAGAGGAAUUAAAGACAAAGUGCCUAAAGGCUCUUACUUCAUUAAGGUUUCUUUACUCAACCAACUUGGAAAUCCUGUCCUUCAUUGUUCUAAAACAGAACAACUGAAAAAUGGAAUGCAACCCAUCAGUCAUGAUGGAAACUUUUAUGAUGUGGGAAUGUAUUUCAACCAAAACCUACAGAUGGUUCUGCCUUCUAAUGAACACGUGAAGCCUGGCAUGACUCUCCUGUUUGAAUUUCUUCUCUUUCGUGGGACUUAUGUGUCUAUUGACCGCGUAGUAGGCUGGGGAGCUUUUCCUUUCUGUGACAACAACUUUGAUAUAGUGGAGGGAAAAUUCAAGUGUCCACUUCUCCGAGGUCAUUAUGAUCAGAAACUUGAACAUUUCAGGAAAAUUGAAGAUUUGAUUUGUUCAGAUUUGGACCACUGGUUGUGUAAUCUCUAUUUUCAGGUUUGUAAUCAGAUGCUAUAA